CUGGAGAAAUGGUCCGUUCCUUCGUUGGUGGUUUGGAACUUGUUGUCAAUUUACUGAAAUCCGAAAACAAAGAAGUAUUGGCGAGUGUUUGUGCUGCUAUUACCAAUAUUGCCAAAGAUCAAGAAAAUUUAGCUGUUAUUACAGAUCAUGGAGUUGUCCCUUUGUUGUCUAAACUAGCAAAUACGAAUAACGAUAAGCUGAGGCGUCACCUGGCAGAAGCUAUCUCACGUUGCUGCAUGUGGGGCAGGAACAGAGUGGCCUUUGGCGAGCACAAAGCGGUGGCUCCACUCGUGCGGUACCUGAAGUCAGAGGACACCAGCGUGCACCGAGCCACGGCCCAGGCCCUGUACCAGCUUUCCGAGGACGCCGAUAACUGCAUCACCAUGCACGAGAACGGCGCUGUCAAGCUGCUCCUGGACAUGGUUGGGUCUCCCGACCAGGACCUCCAGGAAGCCGCGGCCGGCUGCAUCUCCAACAUCCGCAGGCUGGCGCUGGCUACUGAGAAGGCAAGAUACGUUUGAGAAGGAUGCCUUUGGAAUCUGAGCAGACGGGACAAGCAACCGAACACAUUUCACUCGACACGGAACACAUCCCUCCCCUGACCCACGAGCCUGUGCUGGGAAAACCCUCCCAGUACUGACCAGUGUCUAAGUGCAGGCCCACGAGUGGCAAAUGCAAUAGCUGUUUCUCCUCCAUGGACUGCAUUUCGGA